CCUCAAGUCCUCUUUAGCCCAGGCGUAUAUCUCUCAGCUUACCUCAUUGCCUUUGAGCACUCUCCUAACGGAACCCAAUCGCCUUGCAACAGAGUCCGAGUUACUCGCCACUGACCUUACACAGUUAUGCCACAACCAGCACUCUACUUUCCUCUCCUUGCAUUCCGCUUCAAAUGAACUAAGCUCCUCGCUUGAUUCGCUUACUGCGUCUUUGGAUUCUAUGCUUUGCGGAUGGGUUCCAUCGUUAGAGUCGGAGGCACGCCUCUUUACUGAACGAACGCGUAACAUUCAGGAAGAUCGAAGGAAGGCAAACAUCGUCCUUGAAAAUCAGGAAAAGUUGCUCGAUGUCUUGGAGUUACCCAACCUGAUCGCAACCUGCGUCCAGAAUGGGUAUUACCCCGAGGCAUUAGAUCUCGCGGACCACUUUGAAAAAAAUCUGCUAUCCUCCUCCUUACCCAAAACUUCGCUUCUUCUCCAAUCCGUGCACACUUCCGUUCUUGCGUCGAUGCAAAGUCUGCUAAAUCAACUUCUUUCUCAGUUGCGAGGGCAAGCGAAAUUACCCGUUUUAUUCAAAACGGUGAAUUUGUUACGAAGAAUGGGCGUUUUGACGGAGGAACAGUUGGCCAUUGCGUUCAUUCACGGUCGGUCGGAUAAUCUCGAUGAAUCGUUCCGCCGUGCGUGUGGCGACGAAGGCUCACGUUCGGAUGAUCCUGCGAAAUGGCUCCGGAAAUGGAUUGAAGUGUUCCGUGAGGGAGUAUACGAUGCCGUCACCCAAUACUCCUCCAUAUUUUUAUCCCCUUCUUCGUCUACGUCGCACACAGCACCUCAGGAUGCUGAAGGGGGGGAUCGUCAAAUUUUCCAACUUCGUUCCUUUCUCCUCUCUUUCACGCACACUUACUUGAAACGCCUCCUCAGCGUAGUUCGACAAGUGAUGCCGGAGAUACAGUUAGCGGACAUGUCCUCAGUUGCUUCAUUGAUCACACAAUUAACAUACUGUGGAUCGUCCUUUUCCCGCAUUGGAUUGGAUUUUCGAGGGUUGUUACCCAGCGUUGUUGAGGACUCUGUGUUCGAUAUCAUUCAAAAGGGUUUCCUUGAUGCGCAAAGCUCAUUACACAAAACCAUAGCGGACGCGACCCGCGCUCGAAAGUCACCUUCACAAUGGCUCGUCAUUGGAGACCUGAAUAAAAUCACAGCGCGUGAUGCCCCACGAACUCCAAUGGCAGUGCACAUUCCUCCAGCACAUCUCACCUCUUUCCCUCCCAUCGCCGUGUUCACAAAUCAGAUCUUGCAGUCACUCAAUGCACUUCGACUGGCUGCCCCUUUAUCAAUCUACCCACGACUGCGAGAGGCAGAAAUGAGCGUUUUGCUGGACAUGUCGGCUUCUUUGGCAUCGUAUUGCGAGUCGCAGCCCUGGGAUGACGUAGCCAUGGACGAUGAUGAAACUCAACUAAAGACUGCGAGGCUGAUUUCGGCUGUUAGAGAUGCGUUGUGGGGAGACUCGGGAGUGGUGGGUUAUUUAGUCAUGGUAUUUUGCGAAGGGGUGUAUGGAAGGCAGGAUAGUCUGGAGGAGCCAAACGGAGCUUGGAUGAAGGAAAAGGAGCGUUGGGAGCGAUUGUGCCAGAUGGACGUCGCGACGGUUGGUGAAUCGUGAUAGAAGGGGGUCUCCUGUGAUGCACAACUUAAUUAUAUGCAUCUAAAUCUAUGCAGUUCAUCAAUCAUGCUCGAGGUCCUUUCGAACAAUAUGACAACGUUAGAUGCAAUAAAUUCAGCCUAGGUU